AUUAAAAUGGCGGACAAGAGAAAUGAUUCUGGUAGUGAAAAUGGAGGUGAAGAUACGGUAGUUGGGAAUGUCAGUAAGUUUCUCGUUAUUCCCACUGGUUACACUGGACAUCCUAAGAAGGGACAUUUAAUAUUUGAUGCCUGCUUUGAAAGUGGAAACCUAGGUCGUGUUGACUACAUCUCAGAAUUUGAAUAUGAUCUAUUUAUCAGACCAGAUACAUGCAAUCCUCGUUUUAGAGUCUGGUUUGACUUUACUGUGGAAAAUAUGAAGGAAUAUCAGAGAGUAAUUUUUAAUAUUGUCAACUUCAGCAAAACGAAGAGCCUCUACAGAGAUGGAAUGACACCAGUUGUGAAAUCUACAAGCAGACCAAAAUGGCAACGACUUCCUUCAAAAAAUGUCUAUUACUACCGCUGUCCAGAUCAUCGGAAAAACUACGUGAUGUCAUUUGCCUUUUGCUUCGAUCGGGAUAAUGAGGUGUACCAGUUUGCUUACUGUUAUCCUUACACCUAUACUCGCCUGCAACAUUACCUAGAUAACCUGGAGAGAAGGAAUAUGGAUUACUUCAAAAGAGAUUUGCUUGGUCUAAGUGUGCAACAACGGCGUCUUGACCUCUUGACAAUAACAAACCCUGUAAAUCUCAAUCCAGGAGUAGAACAAAAGAUUGUCUUCAUCACAGCCCGUGUACACCCUGGGGAAUCACCUGCAUCGUUCGUGUGCCAGGGUUUUAUUGAUUUUCUUGUCAGCCAGCACUCAGUUGCCAAGGCUCUGCGGGAUGUUCUGGUCUUUAAAAUAGUACCAAUGCUCAAUCCUGAUGGAGUAUUUUUGGGUAACUAUAGGUGCUCUUUAAUGGGGUUUGAUCUAAAUCGACACUGGCAGGAUCCCUCUGCUUGGGCUCAUCCUACACUUUAUGGUGUAAAGCAGCUAAUUGUGCAAAUGUAUGAUAAUCCGAAAGCAAGCAUGGAAUUCUACAUUGACAUCCACGCUCAUUCAACUAUGAUGAAUGGAUUUAUGUAUGGAAACAUCUUUGAGGAUGAAGAGAGAUUCCAGAGGCAAGCAGUCUUUCCUCGGCUUCUCUGCCAAAAUGCUGAGGAUUUUUCAUUUUCCAGUACUUGCUUUAACCGAGAUGCAGUGAAGGCAGGCACAGGACGUCGCUUCCUUGGUGGUCUUCUGGAUGACACCUCCUACUGCUACACACUGGAAGUUUCCUUUUACAGUUAUGUGGUAGGAGGAACUACCAGCACAGUUCCUUAUACAGAAGAAGCUUGUAUCCUUUUAAUGUAA